AUCGCCGGGGAGCUCGCGGGUCGGGCGUCUAUUCUUUGUAGAUGGCUCACACAACAACAAAGUCCUUUAGUCAACAGAAUCGGAACUUCGUUUAAAUGAUAGUCGUGUUUGGAUCUAUGUGCUACAUAUAUGGGGUAAAAAAAUAAAAGCUUAAAUAAUGAAGAGGAGAAAUGUUGACUGCUCCAAGCUUCGUAGACCGAUAAAACGGACCAAAAUUGGUGAAGGAUUGUACGGAAGCACCUUUGUGUACUCAAAGUUCCUCCUGGUAUGGCUGCUUGUGUUGGCGGCAGAUUUCCUUCUGGAGUUCCGCUUUGAGUACCUGUGGCCUUUCUGGCUGCUUUUGCGCAGUGUCUACGACUCUUUCCGCUAUCAGGGUCUCGCAUUCUCUGUGCUGUUCGUGUGCAUGGCACUAACAUCGGACAUGAUCUGCCUUCUCUUCAUACCGGUGAAUUGGCUCUUCUUUGCUGCAUCCACAUAUGUUUGGGUCCAGUAUGUGUGGCACACAGAACGUGGAGUGUGCAUGCCCACAGUUAUUUUGUGGGCUCUCUUCAUUUAUAUAGAGGCAUUGGUACGCCUCAAAGAUAUAAAAAAUGUCCCCUUCCAUUUAGAUCUGUGCAGACCCUUUGCUGCACAUUGUAUAGGGUACCCAGUAGUAACUUUAGGGUUUGGCUUGAAAAGUUACGUUGGGUACAGAUUGAGACAGAGAAAGCAGCGUGAAGUUGCAAAAGAAAAUGAAUUUUAUUUGCAACUACUCCAAGAGGCAUUGCCCCCAGAGUUGCAAGUCACAUCUAGUCCUGAUAAGUGUUUCAAGGAGAAGAGUGAAGAUCUCAUAAUUAAUGGUGAGGUGGAAGUUGCUGCUGCCACAAUCAACCAUACAGGAGGGAACUGCAACCUCAGUAGUAGCUGCAGUAGUAGCAGUAGUAGCAGUAGCAGCAGUAGCAGUAGUAGCAGUAGUAACAGCAGCAACAGCAGUAGCAGCAGUAGCAGCGGAGGUGGUGGUGGUGGUGGUGGUGUGAGGUGGUGGUGGUGUAAGUGGAGGUGGUGGUGGGGGUGGGGGUAGUGGAAGUGGUGGGGGAAAUAGUAUUG